AUGCCAACAGUAAUAAUUAAAUUCGAGCGAGGAACGUUCCUCAAAUGCCUGAUGUUUGAUGAGAUGUUUCAUGAGAUGUCUUCAGAAAAAGUGAAUUUGAGAGAGGAACGUUCCUCAAAUGUCUCAUGUGUUAAGAUUCUUAAAGAUGAAUGUCAUGAAGUACAGGUAUUUGAAUGUCUUGAUUGGAGUUUAUCUGAGUUUCUACCAGCACAAACCUCUUCAAUAACAAAUUUGAUAAAACAGUUUCGCUCGGAUAGAAAGUCAAAUCCAGAUGGCCCUGUGACCCUUAUUUCCAAGGACGGAGCAACGUGCUGUGGUGUAUUUAUUGCUGUGUAUAACGCCAUAGAACAAUUACAGCUGGACGACGAGGUAGACAUAUUUACCACAGUACAACAACUGCAAUGUCGCCGACCGGAAAUGAUAUCUACCAAAGACGAAUAUGAGUUUUGCUUUAAGGCUGUGUGUGAAUAUCUGACUUCGGACAGCAUAUAUGCCAACACUUAAAGAGUGAAUAUUUCUAUGGAUCGGAUUUUCAUGGAUUCAUGAAUAAAGCUACGUUAGCGUUUCACAUUUGAAAUGUGUUUCUUACAGAAUGCAAAGUACUUAACUGACAUUUAUUUCUUACUUUGUAGACAGGGUCUUAUGUUGUAAAUUUUAAGAAGUCUUAACUAUAUUUAAUUCAGGAGUAAGGAUAUACUCCUUAUUUCGCAAAAAUUAUUUUUAGAGCAGAUGCUCUAACCACUA